AUGAGAAGAUGGCAUAAAUGGCAACAGUGUAGCAUAUACGGUAUUCUGUUGUUUUUAAUUUGCACAUCUAGCAAUGCGGUUGAAAUAUAUACAAAUCAUUUCUAUGUUCAUAUCAAACAUCCGGGUAUCGAAAAUGCCCAUACAAUAGCUAAACGACAUGGGUUUAUUAAUCGUGGUCCCGUUCUUGGCUCCACAACUGAUUGGCAUUUUAUCCAACCAGCCCUAUCACAUGCACGAACAAAACGUUCCCUUGCUCAUUAUAAGAAAUUAAAUGAUGAUCGUGAUGUUCUGCAUGUGGAACAAUUAACAGGUUUCAAACGUGUGAAGCGAGGGUAUAGGGCAUUGGAGGAACGAUUACAAGAACAACUUGACUUUACUGCAGCGCAAUCACCAACUGAUCCGCUCUAUCCAUAUCAAUGGUAUUUGAAUAAUAUUGGACAAGCAAAUGGUAAACCACGACUUGAUUUAAAUGUCGAAAAAGCAUGGGUACUUGGUAUUACCGGUAAAAAUAUAACAACAGCUAUCAUGGAUGAUGGUGUCGAUUAUAUGCAUCCCGAUUUAGCCAACAACUUUAAUGCAAGAGCCAGUUAUGAUUUCAGUUCCAAUGAUCCAUUCCCGUAUCCGAGAUACACGGAUGACUGGUUCAAUUCACACGGAACACGAUGUGCUGGUGAAAUAGCGGCAGCACGUGAUAAUGGUAUUUGCGGCGUUGGUGUUGCUUAUGAUAGUAAAGUCGCGGGUAUUCGAAUGCUCGAUCAACCUUACAUGACAGAUCUCAUAGAAGUAUCACAAAAGUUUUUAUUUUAUAAUUUGAAUGGAAAUUUUCUGCUAUGUAUUGAAACGGCUAAUUCAAUGAGCCAUGAGCCAAAUCUAAUUCACAUUUAUUCGGCAAGUUGGGGACCAACUGAUGAUGGAAAAACAGUCGAUGGACCACGUAAUGCAACAAUGCGUGCAAUCGUUAAAGGCGUUAAUGAGGGACGUAACGGUUUAGGAUCAAUUUUUGUAUGGGCAAGUGGUGAUGGCGGUGAGGAAGAUGAUUGUAAUUGUGAUGGUUAUGCCGCGUCAAUGUGGACAAUAUCUAUCAAUUCCGCAAUUAAUAGCGGCGAAAAUGCGCAUUAUGACGAAAGUUGCUCUUCAACAUUGGCUUCAACAUUUUCGAAUGGUGGACGAAAUCCGGAAACUGGAGUAGCCACAACGGAUUUGUACAGUCGUUGUACGCGGUCGCAUAGCGGAACAUCCGCGGCAGCACCAGAAGCAGCUGGUGUUUUUGCCCUAGCAUUAGAAGCAAAUCCAUUGCUUACAUGGCGUGAUUUACAACAUCUAACUGUGCUAACAUCAACUCGAAAUUCACUGUUUGAUGGACGAUGUAGAGAUUUGCCAGAUCUUGGCAUUGAAGACAGCAACGAAAUUAAUACAAAUAGUGUCAAUAAUUGUACUCAUUUUGAAUGGAAGAUGAAUGGCGUUGGCCUGGAAUUUAAUCAUUUGUUUGGUUUUGGUGUAUUGGAUGCAGCUGAAAUGGUUAUGUUAGCAAUGGUUUGGAAAACAGCUCCUCCAAGAUUUCAUUGUGAAGCAGGGACAAUUGCUACAUCACACGAAAUUCCAUCAACUGGAAAUCUUGUACUGGAAUUGAUUACUGAUGCAUGUAUGGGAACAUCGACAGAAGUGAAUUAUUUGGAACAUGUACAAGCAGUUGUUACUUUAAAUAGUAGCCGACGUGGUGAUACCACUCUUUAUCUCGUUUCUCCCUCCGGCACACAGACAAUGAUUUUAUCAAGACGUCCAAAAGAUAAUGAUAGUAAGAAUGGAUUCACGAAUUGGCCAUUUAUGACUACACAUACUUGGGGUGAGAAUCCACGUGGCAAAUGGCGUUUGAUUGCUCGAUUUCAAGGUGGCGAUAAGAAUCACGGUAUGGUGAAGAAGUUCACCCUCAUGCUUCAUGGUACCAAAGAUCCACCAUAUGCUGGUAUUGAACCUCUUCAGGGUUAUGUAAACAGUAAACUGAAAGUGGUACAAAAGGCACAUAAACGUGCUGUAUUUCGUCGUUAA